AUGCAGCGUCGCAAACUCACGCUUCUGCAGCGAACGGUAAAGCUCAAACUGCUGCUCGGGGGUCUCCAAGGCCGGCUUCAGAGGCGACGCCGACAGCGCCGGCUGCCGCACGGUGCGGGUCACCCUCGGCGGGCUGCGGUUCCCGCUCUUUCCGCUGCUGCCGCCCCGUGUCUCGCAGCCGCCGCCCGAGGACGGCGAGGAGCUCAGCCUUGGCAGCUCCCACUGAUGUGCCGGCUGCAGGCGCCUCGCCGGCCUCUCCCCACGCACGCGAGGCUCCUGCUGCCCCGCCUGCUGCCCCAUUCCGUGGGGGUCGCGCCGCCGCACCUCCUCCACCUCCACUUCAAUGACGUCGCCGCCAGGGCUCCGCACUGCCGCACCGGUUCCAGGGCCCGGUGCCUCGACAUGCCUCGGCAUACUUUACUAAGCCCACCCGCACCGCAGGAGGAGAGAGUGUGUGUGUAG